GUUAUAAGAAAAAGCAUGUUACAAGUGAGGUUGUUAGUCAUUGCGAAUCGCACGUUUCCGGCAGAUACAUCUAGCGGCAAUAAGUGGCAACAGUAUUUGGUGAAUAGUAGCAGUGGCAUAAGAAUUUUCAACGCGACGCCCUAUCUGGCACAGAUUGACAGACCAAUGGCGACCAGCAAUUGGGAGAAGUUCGUACUUCUCCUGUGGAAGAAUUGGAUCCUUCAGAAACGACACUACAUUCAAACGCUGUUUGAAAUUAUAAUACCGGUGCUGUGUUGCUCCAUCCUGCUGCUCGUACGAGGACUGGUCGAUCCGGAGUAUAUCGACAAAAAUACGGUAUUUAAACCUCUAGAAACUGACCGGCUAACACAUCUUGAGAAACUGGCGGAAGAUAAGAAUUUUGAGUUUAAGCUAGCUUACUCCCCACGGAAUGAUUUACUGGAGGAGAUCGUACAGAACGCUGUGCGAUCGUUGAACGCAAAUGAUCCUAAAGCACGACUAACCUAUGCCUCGUUUGCUGAUGCCCGGGAAAUGGAAAGUGUACUGGCGGAAUCAUCCUUUUUGGCCGGUGUAGAGUUUGAUGAUAGUUGGGCUAAUUGGAUGAUGGGAGACACUAUGCCAGAUAACCUAACGUUCGCUGUGCGCUUCCCAGCCGAACUGCGUGACGAUCAGUUUCAGUUUUCGAACUGGAUGACAAACUUGCUAGUGGUACCAUUCUCACCCCGGUUGCGCAAUCCGGAAGAGGACGAUGGUGGCUCACCAAGCUAUUACAAUGAAGGAUUCCUUGGGAUACAGGGAGCAAUCUCUAGAGCAUUGCUGGAACGUCGUCUAACUGGUGUCGAUCUACCAACGGUACACGUGCAAAGAUAUCCGUACCCGCCAUACUACGACGAUGCGAUUCUGGAAGCACUGCAACAGCUGUUAGCGCUUAUCAUCGUCAUAUCGUUUUUCUACACCUGCAUCAACACGGUUAAAUACAUCACAAUCGAGAAGGAGAAGCAGCUAAAGGAAGCGAUGAAGAUUAUGGGCCUUUCCAACUGGUUACACUGGUCGGCAUGGUUUGUGAAGUGCCUCAUCCUGUUGACGGUCUCGUUGUCCCUUAUCACGAUUUUACUUUGUGUUCCAUUUAGCUCGGCGGCAAUCUUUGAAAAUUCCGACUGGACGCUUAUUUGGUUCUUCUUUUUCAUAUUCAGUAUCACAACGAUAUGCUUUUGCUUUAUGAUAAGUGUGUUCUUCAGCAAAGCCAACACGGCUGCCGGUAUUGCCGGGUUGCUCUGGUUCGCCACACAGCUUCCGUUCAACGUGAGCCAGCAGAACUACGACGAGAUGGGAACGGGAGCAAAGAUAGGCAUGUGUCUCCUCUCGAACACCGGCAUGUCAUUCGCAAUGUUUUUAACCAUUCGGCUCGAGGCAACAGCGGCCGGGUUGCGAUGGUCGAAUCUCUUCGAACCGGCCACCAUUGACGAUGGUUUCAAUGUUGGGCUGGUGAUCAUCAUGCUACUAGUAGAUGCAGUGAUCUAUCUGCUGAUCGCACUCUACGUUGAGCAGGUAAUGCCAGGAGAGUUUGGUAUAGCACGGCCAUGGUAUUUCCCUUUCACGAAGGAGUUCUGGGUAAGAAAACGAACUCCAUCGCGUGACACGCUGUUCAAUGGCAUCGAACAGAGCGCUACAACCGAAUCCCGAUACAUCGAACAGGAUCCAGCCGGAUAUGCUGGGGUGGAAAUUAAACAACUUCGCAAGGUGUACAAAGGAACCAAGGCAGCAGUGGAUGGGUUAAAUUUACGCAUGUACGAGAACCAGAUUUCCGUACUGCUUGGACAUAAUGGAGCGGGCAAAACGACAACAAUGUCCAUGCUAACCGGUGUCUUCUCACCUACCUCUGGAACGGCACUUAUCAACGGGCAUGACAUUCGCACCGAUAUUGAGGGUGUACGAUCAUCGUUGGGCCUCUGUCCACAGCAUAAUGUACUGUUCGACGAGAUGACCGUGGAUGAGCAUUUGAAGUUUUUCUCACGUCUCAAGGGUGUGCCGGUGCAGGCAGUCAGUGAAGAGAUUGAUCGGUACCUGAAGUUGCUCGAACUGGUUGACAAGCGUGAUGCUCAGUCACACACACUAUCGGGUGGUAUGAAGCGAAAAUUAGCCGUCGGUAUGGCACUGUGUGGUGGUUCGAAGGUGGUACUACUCGAUGAGCCCACCUCCGGUAUGGAUCCAUCUGCCCGGCGUGCACUGUGGAAUUUACUGCAGAAAGAAAAGCAACAUCGUACGAUGCUACUAUCAACGCACUUCAUGGACGAGGCUGAUGUGCUAGGCGAUCGGAUAGCGAUCAUGGCGGAGGGUAAACUGAAAGCGGUCGGAUCACCCUUCUUCCUGAAGAAAUCUUUUGGUGUCGGAUAUCGGUUGAUCUGUGUGAAGGAUGCACGCUGUGACAAGCAGCGGCUUUUGGCUAUACUGCGGAAGUACAUCCCGGACGUUACCAUCGACACGGACAUUGGUUCGGAACUUUCGUUCGUUUUGAAGGAAGAUUACAUUGACGUGUUCCAGCGGCUUUUGGAAGAUAUCGAGCAGCAAAUGGCUAGUUGCGGUAUCACGAGCUAUGGCAUCUCGCUCACAACAAUGGAGGAAGUGUUCCUGAAGGCCGGUAGUGAUAGUUUUGAUGAAACGGGAAACCAUACAAACGGUGUUGUUGUAGAGACAGGCAGUACAGAGUAUGCAUUGGAUCGACUGCACCUGCUGACCGGUAAGGAGCUCCUGUUAAACCAAAUACAAGCACAGCUGCUAAAGAAGUACCUAUCGUCCAUACGCGCCUGGAUUCAGCUGGUAAUGAUGUUUGUCAUUCCAAUAUUCUUCGUCGGCAUGUCGUUCAUCAUUACGAGAAGCAUUUCGGCAGGACAGGAUCUGCCGGAACUGGAGAUAACCAUGGAUUCCUACGAGAAAGCCAUCACAGUACUGGAGCGUACGAAUGGCAAUCCGGCAAGGGUUGAAGCUUUCCAGAACAUGUUUGCCGAACGUGAUCUAGUUACUAUCGAUGAGGACAUGACAGAGUACCUUGUGCGUAAGUCCAAAGAGGACAUUGCCUCAGUAAAUACGAGAUACUUUGUUAGUGCUACCAUCGGUGGCGGGUCAUCGUACGUGGGUUGGUUUAACAACAAAGCCUUCCACACGGCACCGCUGGCCCUGAAUCUAAUUUAUAACGCCGUCCUGCAAGCCCAAUGCUCCCAGUGUCGGUUGCAUGUGAUAAACAAACCGCUUCCGUAUCGGUUGGACACGCAGCUGAAAAAGCUCAACACGGGCCUGAACGCUGGGUUUCAGCUUGCGUUCAACACAGGCUUUGCGAUGGCAUUCGUGACGGCUUUGUACAUCAUGUUCUACAUCAAGGAGCGGACGUCGCGUGCUAAGCUGUUGCAGUUCGUCAGCGGUACCAACGUGACCAUGUUUUGGCUGCUAGCUUUCGUAUGGGACUACACACUGUUCGUACUGAACAGUUUAGUAUACAUCGCAACGGUGGCCAUCUUCCAGGAGGAAGGAUGGUCUUCGUUUGAUGAACUAGGACGUGCCUUUUUACUGCUGCUUUUCUUUGGAUUCGCUGCCCUACCCGUGACAUAUCUGUUCUCGUUCCUGUUCACCGUGUCCGCUACCGGAUUCGUGCGUAUGAUGUUCAUCAACGUGCUUUCCGGUGCUAUAUUCUUCACUGCGGUCAACAUACUCAAGUUUGACGGCAUUGAUCUGAACGAUGUGGCCGAAGGACUCGAAUGGGUUUUCAUGUUCUUCCCCAACUUUAUACUUAGCCACGGGUUGAACAAUCUCAAUGCAGCCUCCAGUACGGCGAUCUCAUGUAAGAAAGCUUGCGAUCUGCUUGGACCAUUGUGUGACGUUAACAAUUUGUGUGGCAUCGAUAAACGUUGUUGCGAUCUGGAGGUGUUCUCAUUCGGCAAGGUUGGAAUCAUACGGAAUCUACUAUUUUGUCUGCUGAUUGGAUGUAUCAGCUUUGGGUUGCUGUUUAGCCUGGAGUACGGUGUACUGCAACGAUUGUUCCGUCGGAAGUCCAAGCUCAAUCCAUCUGGAUCACAGAAUCCCAUGAGUUCCGAGAUCGAUUCAGACGUACUGGAUGAAAAGCGCCGUAUACAGAAUCUCAACCGUACGGACAUCGAUGGACAUAACUUGCUGUUGCGGGAUGUAACAAAGUAUUAUGGCAAUUUCCAAGCGGUAAACAACCUAUCCAUCGGCAUUAACCAUUCUGAGUGCUUUGGACUGCUCGGUAUCAACGGAGCCGGGAAGACAACGACCUUCAAGAUGAUGACCGGUGAUGAGGAAAUUUCAUCCGGUGAUGCCUGGGUGAAGGGUAUUAGCCUGCGUACCGAUAUGAACCGGGCACACCGUCAGAUUGGGUAUUGUCCACAGUUUGACGCACUGCUGGAAGAUCUGACGGGUCGAGAAACGUUGCGCAUUUUUGCGCUAUUGCGAGGCGUACGACAACAAGAGGUGAAAAAUGUGUCCUACAUUCUUGCGGAGGAGUUGAACUUUACGAAGCAUCUCGACAAGCGGACGAAAGCGUACAGUGGAGGUAACAAGCGAAAGCUCAGCACGGCUUUAGCACUGCUGGGUAACCCGUCGGUAGUGUACUUGGACGAACCGACUACGGGCAUGGAUCCGGGAGCUAAACGACAGUUCUGGGAUGUUAUUUGUAAGCUGCGUAAUACUGGCAAAUCGAUCGUACUGACAUCACACAGUAUGGAAGAAUGUGAGGCACUAUGCACUCGGUUAGCCAUCAUGGUGAAUGGCGAGUUUAAGUGUCUCGGUUCGACGCAACAUCUGAAGAACAAGUUCUCCAAAGGAUUUCUGCUCACGGUGAAGGUAGCGCGAGGAUCUUCCGAAGCUCAGCAAAAGCGUGUCGCUGGCGUGAAGGACUUUGUAAUGAGUCGCUUCAAUGGAGCCGUGUUAAAAGAGGAAUACGAAGAUUCACUCACGUUCCACAUACCGGUGACGGACCUGAAAUGGUCCCAGAUGUUCGGUCUGAUGGAAAGCUCCAAAGAGUCGCUAGAAAUAGAGGACUACGCACUCGGUCAAACAUCGCUCGAACAGGUGUUCUUGUUUUUCACCAAAUAUCAGCGCGUUACUGAGUAAAGCGCCUGCGACUGUGACACGUCUCUUUUAUCGAGACGAGUAUCGACAGACACGAGCAUUGACAGCAAGGAACAAAAAUGUUUGUUUUAAGGACAAAGUAUUAAAGGGCGCAUUAAAUUUUUGAAUGGGAAGCUUAGUUCGAAAGCUAAUUUUACAAAUUAAGAUAACUCAUAAGUCUUGUAGGUUGUAAUUUUCAAUCAUAACUGAAUUAAAACAUAAGCUUUCAAAAUUUGUUAAAGUUUUAUCUGAUUGAAGCAUCAUCUAGUAGACAUUCGUAACACAAGCAGCAGAAAAAGUAGGCCAGUUGAAUGAUGAUUUGUAAACAAAUCUAAAUUUAAUUCUCACAUUGAAGCAAGUAUUUAAUUGCAGUUUGUUAUUUUAGUUUUAUCGUUUAGGUAUUUUUUGAAAGUUUAACAGCGUAACAAAUUAUUUUCACUCACGAUUUGUAAUACAGCAUACAAAAUUUCCAGUGCAA